ACACCUCGCUUUCAAAAUGAGGACGCUGGCGAUAACGUUAUGUUUGGCGAUUUACGUAGUGUCUUCAAUAGCCUUACCGCUUAAGGAAACAUCUGAAGACACAGACAUUUCAAGAGAAAAACGUUCACCUACAGGCUGGCAUUCAGAACCAGAAGGAGUUUGGGAAAAAAAACUUGUAUGGAAAGAAGAUUGGAAACAGAUAUGGAAAACUGAAAAGAAACUUAUCUGGAAAACCGAAUGGAAAAAAGAAAAAGUACCCGCUUGGAAAACUGAAAAAGUUCAACAGUGGAAAGAAGAACAAGUACCAGCUUGGAAAGUAAUACAAAAACCCAUAUGGAAAGAAGUACAAGUGCCUAUAUGGAAAGAAGUGCAAGUACCCGAUUGGAAGAAAGUUUGGAAACCAGUCUGGAAAGAAAUACAAGUACCGGUCACUAAAGCUAUUCAAGUGCCAGAAUGGAAACAGAACUUUGUACCUGAAUGGGUAAAGGAGGGUGUUCCUGGUGAAAAAUAUUUGGGUAAAGAUGAUCAUGGGUGGGAAUACACCAGUCAUGACCUUUGGAGGAAAAAGUUGAUCUGGAAGCCUGUCUGGAAAAAAGUCUGGAGAACGGAGCACAAACAAGAAUGGGUAACUGACAAGAAACUAGAAUGGAAAGAAGAAUGGAAACAAAUUUGGAGAACGGAAAAGAAACAAGCCUGGGUAACGGAAAAGAAGCAGGAAUGGGUAGAAGAGAAAGUACAAGUAUGGAAAACUGUUAAAAAAGAAGUUUGGGUUCCAGUACAGAAGAAAAUAUGGGUCGAGAAAUGGAAGCAAAUUCAAGUUCCAGUAUGGAAAACAAUAGAAGUCCCAGCAUGGAAAAAAGUGUGGAAACCAGUCUGGCAAAAAGUAUGGGUACCGGUACAUCAUGAACACCACGAACACCACGGAUGGGAUUAAUAGGUAGCUUUUACGUUAUUUGUACAUAUAGUCAUAUUUACUACGUAGUCAUUUGUUACUUAAUUGUUACCAUAAAACCCAAGAAAUGUUGAGUUUUGUAAAUAAUAUCUUUUACACUGUUUACUGGAUGGUGCUGGUGAGUAUUGCUAAAUGAAUUAAAAUUAUAUUUUAGGCGUACGCGAAGGCGAAUGCUCUUUUAUUAGCGAUUGUACGAAAUUCAAUGUUUCGCUUGCGAAUGUGUUUGGCUUUGCGUGCGCCUCGGAAAAUGACCUCUUAAGUUUAGCUUAAGAUAACAUUAAAAUGUACUAAAAGUUCACUUCUUGAUACAAUUUUAUGUUUGUUAUACAGGUGCAAAAAAUAUUAUUACAAAAUUGUCGUUUUAUAAUUUAAUU